AACAUUCUCCUGCCAAGAUGUGGCAUCUCAAACUCUUUGCAGUACUCAUGACCUGCCUGCUGCUGUUAGGUCAGGUAGAUGGCUCCCCAAUACCAGAACUGAGCUCAGCAAAGAGAAGGCUGAAAAGAAUGACCCCAUUUUGGAGAGGAAUGUCUCUUAGGCCUAUUGGAGCUUCCUGCCGGGAUGAUUCUGAAUGUAUCACAAGACUAUGCAGAAAAAGACGCUGUUCUCUAAGUGUGGCCCAGGAAUGAUGUACAUACCAUGGAGAGAGAGGACAGCAGUCACCUACAACAAUGCUCCGUUCUAUGGAAUAUUGACUAACUGCAUUUUGGCUGGAGACACCUAAAAUGAAGCAAUCUUGAGUUUUUAAUAUUUAAAGACAGACAUGUGCUUUAAUUUGUCUCCGUUUUUUCUUAGAAUGUUGGUAUGUGGAUAAACAUGACUGAACUUUUCAAUUUAGAGUUUAUUUUUAUAUGUAUACUAUUAAAUAUC